CUCUUUUCCACACACAUGCUUUUUACAUUAGGCUUAUGUGAAAAGGUGGCAAAGUGUUAUUUGCGUGGUGGGGUGUGCGGUGUUGUGGUUCAGUUUGUUGGAUGGUGUUCGUUGCGUGUGGCAUACUGUCAAACAAAAUGAUCAACUACAUGUUAUUCGCGUUUUUAUUUGUAAAUGUGAAAGCCACUACCAAUAUAAGUAUGAAAUUGAUUUCAAAAGCUAGUGAUGGUCAUUACAACUUUAUGACGCUUGGGUGCACUUUAGGAUACAAGAUGCAAAUCUCACAAUGUGUGGGACCAGAUGGGGCUCAUCUUAUUGAACUUAAUCAGGAGAACAACAACCCAACAGUUCCAAACGGAAGUCAGUGUACAUUCCAACCUAAUGCCAGAAGUACACAGGUUGCCACUUGUCAGUCAGGAGAAUGGCAAUUGCCAGAAACUUAUAGAAGUAAUAAUUUGAAGCUGCGCCGAAGAAAAAGAUGUUGGCUCUGGUGUGGAGGAGGCAGUAGCGAACCCCCACCAAACCAACCACCGACUAUAACUUGCCCAGUUGUGGCGUCAACUUUUUAUACCGACAAAAGUCAAAUUGUUAAGUACGUUACAUGGAGUCCUGCAACAGCAUAUGAUCCAGAGACCGGAAACAUUGGCGUAGCACAAACUCAAGGCGUAUCUCCUGGAACACAAUUUGCUGAAGGCUCCUACACGAUUUCAUACAGUGCAACGGACAGUCAAGGCGCAACUGUUUAUUGUUCUUUCUCCUUUAGAGUUAUAGUACGCAGAUGUCCUUCAGACUAUACCAGCACAGAACACGGUGUUGUUUCUUGUCAACCUUCCAACAACCCGAACAUCUACGGCAGCCAGUGUUCAUACAACUGUGCUGAAGGAUAUGAACGGGUUGGUUCCUCGCUAGUGGAGUGUGGCAGCAACCAGAUGUGGAAUUACGCCAAGCCUUUAUGUAGAGUGAUCUCAUGUGGAACACCGCCUACUGUAGAAAACGGAGUCCUACGUUGUACCAGCACUACCUAUCAGUCGACUUGUGAUUUGUCAUGUAAUGCUGGAUACAUGUCAGAUACUUCCAUUAUAAGAUGUCAAGCUAAUAAACAAUGGACAGUUCCUGGAAAAUGUAUUGAUACCGAGCCUCCCAUGAUACAAUGUCAAUCAAAAAUUGAUGUCUACGCUGGCCCAAAGUUAAGCAAGCCCAGUGUGUACUGGACAACGCCUAAUGCCACAGAUAACUCUGGACUUGUUCUUGACUUGACCAGCGAUAUCCAACCAGGGUCUUUGUUUGACAUAGGUCAAACACCUGUCACCUUCACAGCUAAAGAUGCAACCAACAACAUUGCAGUGUGUGUUACAGCAGUUAACGUAACUGUCAAGCUUUGCCUCAACUACCCCUCUAUACAAAAUGCCGCUGUGAAAUGCUCCCAUGGCAACGCGUUUGGCUCUGAAUGCACAACAACAUGUAACCAAGGCUACGAGAUCGAAUCAACAUCAACACAAACUUGUUUAGACAAUCAAACAUGGAGCAGCACUAAACCUCUCUGCAAACCAAGAGUUUGCAGCGUACCACCACUAGUUGCCAAUGGAAAUAUCGUUUGUCCAAAUGGCCAAACAUACCAAUCUGUUUGUAAUCUAAGCUGUAACCAUGGUUACCAAGCUUUGUCCCCUUCAACUAUUCAGUGCAACAUCAACAUCCAAUGGACACAGAUUGGCUCUUGUUUAGACGUCGAGCCUCCAAGUUUCCCCACCGGAUGUCCAGCCAGUUUUGAAGUUCCAGCUGCCAGACUUGGAGAAUCUACGUACGUCACCUACCAGUACCCUAACGUGACGGACAACUCGGGUCAAAGUGUUGUUGUGGUUGGCUCUCCUGUGUCUGGUGCCAGAUUUAACAUCGGUACAACAACUGUCAAUAUCACAGCCACAGACGCACAAGGAAACUCUAAAACGUGUUUGUUCGAAAUAACAAUUAAAUCCAGAGAAUGCCCAGCGCCAAACCUGGACAACACAGGAACAAUCUUCUAUAACUGUUCAAGUGGCUACGUCUACGGAGCUGAGUGUACAAUGAACUGUGUUGAGGGAAACCCUGUCAUAGGUCCAGGUUCUAUUGUGUGUGACACAAGCAUUAAUACAAACGGUAUCCAGUGGGUGUGGUCAGGCAACAACAAACCUUAUUGUAAAGCUCAGACUUGCAGCAGACUACCCUCCCCCACAAACGGUGCUAUGAGCUGUGAGAAGUUGAGUCCAGCCGGUGAAGUCUGUGCCAUCAUGUGCAAUGCAAACUUCACUUACCCGGCCUCAGCACCGGAACAGUACAUGUGUUUCCCGUCUAUGGGCAUUUGGAAUCCUACUACGUUUGUACCUGGAUGCACAGUGCGCACCAGACCUGGACAACUGAUCACAAAACCGAACAUUUAUUUUUUCUCUGGAACAUGCAAUACAAAUCGAACAGAUAUAAAAGAGAACUUCAGGGAAAUUAUGUUGAACUUGGGUCUAGAAGACGUUUGUGAGAACCGUUGUUCUGUGGACAACAUUGACGUCACAUGUGGACCUGUCACAAAUGCUAAAAGGAAAAAACGUUCGGACAUGCAUUUUGAAUACAAGAUUUCAGCUUAUAUAACAUUCGGCCAGCUAAAUGCUAGCUCACCGCUUCGUUAUAUGAAGGAUUUGGUCAGCUCUGUAAAUGACCACCUGGAGAUGACAUUGAACUCGAGGGUCGUACACUCACCUAUACUUGGCAUGCACGACAUGAUUGAGAGAGGUGAAGCUGUCAUUGUAUGUGAACCAGGGACUCUCUUUAUUUACAGGACAAUGUCGUGUGCCGGCUGUGGCCCAGGCCACAUGUACACCAAUGAGACCAACAGCUGUACAGCCUGUCCACCAGGGACAUACCAGGACCAGGAGAUUUCAUUCAGCUGUAGACCAUGUCCUAGCGGGACUUACACCAAGCAGGGCAAGGCUACGUCUUUAAGCCAAUGUAAAGAGAUGCGUUGAUGUGAAUGACACAACAAUAUCAUUCUGCUUAAAACAAUCUAUGAAUUAUACAUAUACAAUACAUUAUUGAUUCAAAGCAAUCGUAACAUAUACUAUUUUACUUUAGUUUCUUUUUAACAAUGUUUAUAAUAGUUUAGAAUUACUCCAAUAAAACAGUAAGAUUUAAAAACAUUAGG